GCGGCGUAGGUCUGUUUACCACCACCAAAGGAAUUAACUGUGUACGGAGUUCUUUAAAUGAUUUGCACGUCCAAAUUCCUCCCACCUUAGCAUUGAAGGCAAGCGGAGUGUGACCACCAUAUCAGCCGUGAGAUAAAGAACGAGUAUUCAGAACGCAAGCCAGGAUCCAAAGAGUUACAAGGCAGUGUGGUGAACUCAGCGUUAUACAGCCCUCAUGAUGCCUGGUACGAGCUCAUCAGGUGGUGGCUUCAGUUUUGGCCAACCACAGACGGCACCAGUACAGACCACCACUAAAAGCCUUUUUGGCACAAGCGGUGGAGGAUUUAGUUUUGGAACUGGGACACCACAGGCAGCAUCUCAGCCCCAGCAAGCCUCCCUAGGUUUUGGUACUGGCAGCACUUCAGGAGGGUUUUCUCUUGGCCAGCCAGCAGCCACUAGUGCUCCUGGGAGUGGGUUCAGCUUCAGUGCCACCACUCCUGCAGCACCGGCCACAACCACAAGUAGCUUCAGUUUUGGUCUGCCGACAAGCACGACGGCACCAGCUGUUGGCAGUUUCGCUCUGCCCACUGCCUCUGUAGCUCCGGCCUCUACUGCUCCCACCACUCUCACAGGGUUCUCUUUUGGGACCACACCAGCUGCUCCCACCACCACAACCUCCGCCACCACUGGCUUCUCCUUUGGUCUUGGGGCGCCGGCAGCAACCAGCACGCCAUCACUCUUGUUCUCUGGAGGUACAGCUGCCCCUGCCAUUACUACACCAGCUGCCACCACAGCUGUCGUCCCUGCCAGCUCCUUUGGUCUUGGGGGAGCUCAACCACCCUCAGCCAGCACUGAUGCAAAUAGCUCUGGCUCCAAGACUAGCGGCAAGUCAACUAAAGACCAGCAUCUUUCCCAGGACUUGUUUGCUACCAUUGCUGUCUUUGAGUCACGGAAAAAUGCAGAAAAUGCAGCAUCGGAAGAGAACAUUCGACAGACUGCUGCUCCUUUCCACAAGAUUGGGGAGAAGGCAAAGGAGAUCCAAAAAGUCUUAGCGGAAAUAGCCAGUGAUCACCUGCAGCUUCAGGCAAACACCUCCAACCUGAAGGGGGAAGUGAUGAAGGAAGCAGAGCAUGUGGAGAUGGCCAAGAGGACCAAAGAGACCCCAAUGGGUCUUCAGGGGGACAACAAGGCUCCUGAGGUAUUCUUCAUCAACUUGGUGCGCUCCUUUGAGGCAGAGAUGAUGUACUUUCGAACCAAGAUAGAAGAGGUAUCCCAAUGCAUGCAGGCAGCCAGCAAUCCGUGCGAGACUGAGGAAGACAUUGCCGAGGUGCUACAACGGGAGCACGACACCUUGAAGGAUCUGGCAGCCAAGGUGUACGCCAAGCACAGCCAGCUGGUGGAGCUGAGCCAUCACCUCAACACCAAGGCAAGCCCCAAUGAACAAGAAUUCUUCCGACCUCAGGCCAAGGAGAACACCAAGACUCCGGCCUCGUCUGUGGUGCGGCCUGUGCUGGGGGGUGGAGGGAGUGGCUUGUUAGCAUUCCAGGAGCAACAGCAGCGAGCCAAGGCUGUCACCCUGGGGGCUGCCCCGCCCACACUGCCCCUCGCCCACACCACCACACCCUCCAUGUUCAGUGGCAACUCCAACACCACCUCCAUGUGCUCCCUUGGGCCAUGCUUUGGCAACUCAGGGUUUGGCCUUGGGACGGGUCUUACAGGGACUGGCAACACCACUUUUGGAACGAAGCCUCUGUUUGGGAACACUUCAACCUUUGGCAACACCAGCACUCCUGGAGGGUUGCAACAGAGCAGCACUGCCAGCCCCUUCAGCCUCAGCUCUCCAUUCAACACUAAGCCUUUUGGAACCGAAGAUGAUGAUGGGGACAGUCGGAGGAAGAGGCGGCUGUAGUGGCAUGUCUCUGUGUUUUUGUUGAGUCCACCUGCCUCUCUCAGCCUCGUCCACACCCACACCACCCUCAUACUGUGCUGCUCAUGGUGGUGGUGGUGGUGGUGGUGGUGAUGAUGGUAAUGGUGAUAGUUAACAGUAAUGAUUCUUUCUUGUUGUCUAGUGUUCUCUGCUGUUCUCUUUCUCUUUCUUUCUUUCUUUCUUUCUUUCUUUCUUUCUUUCUUUCUUUCUUUCUUUCUUUCUUUCUUUCUUUCUCUCUCUCU